AUUUAGGGAAAAGUUGAAGUGCUCUGCUGUCCCGGCAUUUUCUUUUCCCGGGCUUGGCUCUGAGAGUGAGAAAAUUGUUGUAGGAGUUAUUUUGUCCCUUGCAUCAUUGAUGGUAAUUACAGAUUACUGUAAUUAAAAAUGCUCAGAAAAUAUCAAGAGGAUGAAACUGCAAUCAGGACGGUAAGCUAGAAAGCACUGUGCUUCCUAAUAGGCUUUUUGGCCUUUGCGAUUAAAGAAAUAUCGUGACAAGUGUAGGGCGGUAAUGUAGGAUGUGAAGAGUAAGGAACACCGGAUGAGGGACAUUUCUGUAUUUUCUUUGCAGCUUUACAGUGGUUCCAAGAACAAAAACAAAAAGUAAAUCACACCAAACCACUCAGUAUAUUUCAGAUCAGCAAAUCCAGGGCAGAGCUUGCCCUGUUUUUAUAAUUGUUUGCUGAGGAUUAUUUUGGUUGAGGCUGCUCUCUUUCUGGAUGAGAGGUUCAAAUAUUAUUAUGUGUGGACUCAUUUAAAGGGAUUCAUCUUGUGCGGUAGAAUACGCAGAUAAAGUAUGGCUUGACAUGUAUUUCAGGCAUCUUCGCAGUAGAGACCAUUGAUGAAAAGUUUACGACACAGAGAAGGCAGUGAUGCACCUUUAGGGACCAGCACCAGCCUGACUGUCAUGAGGAAGUAGACUGAAAAAGACACCUGGUUUCGUAUUUAUUUCUUGACCUAGAGUCCAGAUAAGGCAUAUUUCCAGAGCUGAAAUUUUGGCCUCAGGCGCAGUUUGGAAAUGGAAGACACCUCAGGGUGAUCGCAAACUAAACCAUUUGCAAAAAAAAAAUAUUUUCUGUUGCUCGCACAGAUUUGGGAUGGGGGUGGGAGAAGAAGGGAAGCUGAAAAACUAGCAUUACGGGAAUCGAAUGAGCCAAGUGCUGUCAUAAUCUUCUGGAAGCAGCUAUUACCCUAUUAAUAAUAGCUUAGCAGGACACCAGCAAAUCACCCCAAGGUACCACUGGUUCAGUAGCUUUUGUUCUCUCCUUCUGAUGACACAGGGAAUGACCCUUUGUCUAUUUCCUAUUUUUUUUUUUUUUAAUUAGAGAUUUGUAGAAAGUCUGGAUUUUUUAAACCAGCCACGUGCUUUGGACCAUCCAUUGCGUUUGUUUUAUGACAAAAUAACGCACCCCCUCAAGACGUCUUUUCUUACCAAACGUGAGCUCCUAGGACCUAAAGCCUAGUCCUCAGUGAAAACAUUGGCUUUGAAGUGCAACUUAAUUUUGACUGAGGAUAAGUUACGUUGUUGGCUGUCCGCCCCCUCCCCAACCAUCUUUUUCAAAAAUGUUCUCCUUUUUCUAAAUCCGUAUCUGUUUGUAAAGGGCCAGGGUGACUGCCAAACCCUAACCUUUGUUGAUUACUUGUGAAGAUAAUCAAUCUUUCUACAUUCACUUUUAAAGUGGGUAGGUCACCUUCAGGCCAUUUACAUAUUUCAUUUGUGUGUUGCAAUAAGAACUGCGCCUUUCGUUUGCUUCUUAGAAUGGUGAUCAUUCAGCGUAGUUCUGAAUAUCUAACAUUUUUUUUUUCCUUAAAACACACACACACACACACACACACACACACCCCUACUCGAUUUUGCUGGAGGCAGUGUUCCACUUUUUCUCUUUACUGACUUACCACACAGAACCAGCUGAACAGUGGUUGAGACUGUUUACAUUUCAAGUUUUUUUGGAAUCAGCACUGUUUGCUUUCAUCUUUUAAGUUAAAUCUUCUGUAAGACUCUACGGAGUUCUCCGUGGAUUUGCUGGAUUUUUCCCACCAAGCUGCCAUGUCCAAGUGAGACGGUUCUUGCCCCGUGUGGAACACCAGCGAAGAGUCUUAGACACAGAUUUAAAAAUCCCUUUGUGUUCAGUGGCUUCAUUUAUUGUCGUAGAUUCUUCAGUGUUUAUCUCCAAGAUAAACAGGUAACUCCCAGGCCAGAAACCUGUGCCUCCGUAUUGAUGUACAGUCCCCUUUGGCCACAUUCCAGGCUCGAUCUGCUGGCAAUCAGUAGAAUAUUCUAACUUUCUCAUAUACCCCCGAGGAUUGAACCAAGUAUCCCGUUUUCCCCCGUCCCCUCCUCCUCCCCGCCUUGUUGGUCGCCUCUAAGGCCUGGUGUCACCAGGACAAAGCAGGAAGUAGCGUGUAGCAGCAUGACGACUGCACCGUAUCGAGUCUGUUUAAGAGGGUGCAGCCGUGGGUGUCUAGGUCUGGGGAGAGUGAAUGCUCAGUUUUGCUUUCCUCUGCCCUUGUGUUUGUGUGUGUCAAAGUGUUUGAGUAGCCUGCUCAUUUCUUGGCAAACGGCCGGUGCUGGUUCUUCAGAAUGAAGCACUGUAUCCACAGCGGCGCUCCUACACUAGCGAGGAUGAAGCCUGGAAGUCGUUCCUGGAAAACCCUCUCACGGCGGCCACCAAAGCCAUGAUGAGCAUCAACGGGGAUGAAGACAGUGCCGCCGCGCUGGGCUUGCUCUACGACUACUACAAGGUUCCCAGAGAGAGAAGGUCAUCAGCAGCCAAGCCAGACGUGGAGCUCCCCGAGCCAGAUCACAGCAAAAGAAGCAGCGUCCCAAACGUGGGCGAGCAGCCGCUCGUGUCCGCCGGGGAGAACAGAGUGCAGGUGCUGAAAAACGUGCCUUUUAACAUAGUCCUUCCGCACGGCAGCCAGCUGGGCCUGGACAAGAGAGGCCACCUGACGGCUCCCGACACCACGGUCACCGUCUCCAUCGCCGCGAUGCCCACGCACUCCAUCAAGACGGAGACCCAGCCGCACGGCUUCGCGGUGGGCGUCCCCCCGACCGUGUACCAUCCGGAGCCCCCCGAGCGGGUGGUGGUGUUCGACCGGAACCUGAAUACCGACCAGUUCAGCUCUGGCGCUCAGCCCCCGAACGCUCAGAGGCGGACUCCAGACUCCACCUUCUCGGAGACCUUCAAGGAAGGCGUGCAGGAGGUGUUCUUCCCCUCGGAUCUCAGUCUGCGGAUGCCUGGCAUGAGUUCAGAGGACUAUGUUUUUGACAGUGUUUCUGGGAACAACUUCGAGUAUACCCUGGAAGCCUCCAAGUCGCUGCGACAGAAGCCGGGAGACAGCACCAUGACCUACCUGAACAAGGGCCAGUUCUACCCCGUGACCUUGAAGGAAGUGAGCAGCAGCGAGGGGAUCCACCACCCCAUCAGCAAAGUCCGGAGUGUCGUCAUGGUGGUUUUUGCCGAGGACAAAAGCCGAGAGGACCAGUUGCGGCACUGGAAGUACUGGCACUCACGGCAGCACACGGCCAAACAAAGGUGCAUUGACAUAGCCGAUUACAAAGAAAGCUUCAACACCAUCAGCAACAUCGAGGAGAUCGCGUAUAACGCCAUUUCUUUCACGUGGGACAUCAACGAUGAAGCAAAGGUUUUCAUCUCGGUGAACUGCUUGAGCACAGAUUUCUCUUCUCAGAAGGGCGUGAAGGGCUUGCCUCUGAACAUUCAGAUCGACACCUACAGUUACAACAACCGCAGCAACAAGCCCGUGCACCGGGCCUACUGCCAGAUCAAGGUCUUCUGUGACAAGGGAGCUGAGCGGAAGAUCAGGGAUGAAGAACGAAAACAGAGCAAAAGAAAAGGCAAGUGUACUGACCCCAGCUCCCAGUUGAACGCCUUUUCUGACGUCAAAGUGCCGCUGCUUCCCUCGCACAAACGCAUGGACGUCACGGUCUUCAAGCCCUUCGUUGACCUGGACACCCAGCCGGUCCUCUUCAUCCCCGACGUGCACUUCGCCAACCUCCAGCGAGGCGCUCACGUCCUUCCCAUUACCUCGGAAGAAUUGGAGGGUGAAGGGUCCAACUUGAAAAGGGGGCCGUACGGGUCCGAGGACGAUUUUGGGAUCCCGCCUCCCGCGAAGCUCUCCCGGAUAGAAGAACCAAAGCGAGUGCUGCUCUAUGUGCGGAAGGAGUCGGAAGAAGUCUUUGAUGCCCUGAUGCUCAGGACUCCGUCUUUGAAAGGCUUGAUGGAGGCUAUCUCAGACAAAUACGAUGUUCCGCAAGACAAGAUCGGGAAAAUAUUCAAGAAGUGUAAAAAAGGGAUCCUGGUGAACAUGGACGACAACAUCGUGAAGCACUACUCCAACGAGGACACCUUCCAGCUGCAGAUCGAGGAGGCCGCCGGCUCCUACAGGCUCACCCUCACGGAGAUCUGAGGGCGCCCUGGGCCCGCUCCC